AUGGAGUCACCGGCGGACCUUGUCCUGAGGGAUACUACUGCCCAGAGGGAACCGUUCUACCUGUGCCCUGUGAUCCAGGGACAUAUGUUGCGGUCACGCACGCUACUCAGUGCGAGCCCUGUGUGCCAGGCUGGCUUUUAUUGCCCCGAAAGGACUGGAUUCGACUUGAGAGGCUGUCCAGAGGGAACCUACGGCCCGGAUCCUGGCUACUGGUCUGUUUCUCAGUGCAGGCAGUGUGACGGCGGCCAUUACUGCUCUUCCAGAAAUGGCACAGCUGUCACUGGACAAUGUCAGGAAGGAUAUUACUGCUCACACGGAAACACUUCUCCCCAACCUCGGUCCCAGGCUGGCGGUUAUUUCUGUCCCGAGGGCUCUGCGGCUCCUCGCCACUGCCCCUUGGGGACCAUCGGUACGGAGGAUGGUAGAGCCAGCUGCAGUGCCUGUCCUCAGGGUUUUUAUUGUCCUGGCAGACGUAAUGGCUCUCUGUCGACGACUUAUGAGUGUCCAGCAGGUCAUUACUGCCCGUCCGGGACCUGGUCCAAACACCAGUACCCGUGUCCAGCUGGAUCCAUCAACCCCCACACUCGGAUGGCACAACCCCAGGACUGCUUGCCCUGCCCUGCAGGCUACUUCUGUUUGACCCCUGGGAUGAGGGCUGCAUCAGGCCAGUGUGACGCAGGGUACUACUGCCUCUCUGGGGCCCGGUCGCCCACACCGGAUGACGGAGGGACGACGGGUGACAGAUGUCCUGAAGGCCAUUACUGUCCCCAGGGUUCCUCAGCACCACUGCCCUGUCCCCUAGGGCAUUACAGCAACACAACCAAAAACAGUUAUCUCUCCAACUGUCUGCCUUGCCCUCCAGGUUUUAUCUGUGGCACCAGAGGGCUCUCUCUCCCUUCUAAUAUCUGCCCAGCUGGCUCUUACUGUCCAGGCAGAGAAAACAGCGGCCAGCAGGCCUCUUCACCUUGUCCACCUGGAAACAUGUGUCCACCUGGAUCUGACAGACCUGUACCCUGCGUACCAGGGACCUUCCAGGAUUUACACGGACAGGUGAGCAAGACGAGCAUUAACAGUUCAUAAUAUUCUUGUUCUACAGUCCCAAAGGCAAGGUGCAUGUGCUGUACAACUUGAUAUACUGGUUUGUUUUCUAUUGAUUAAUUGUAUGUGACCUAUAAAGAGAGGGAUUUAUAAC